CCUUUCCUCAUUUUUCUUCUCCAUCUUUCUCCUUCUCAAAAAUCCCUCUAUCUCCACACGAGGGGAAAACUCAUCCCUUUCUUCUUCAAAUUCGUCGUUUUCUUAUAUGGUCAACUUAAUUCAUCUCCACAUGUACUCUCAAUUUUGACUUGUUCACUAUAAAAACCCCCUCUCCGUUUCACUAAUUCUUCAUCAACACAUAAUCCCUUAUUGUUAGAUCUCAAAACUCUCUUUUUUUAAGCUUGUUCAAGUUUCAAAAUAAGGGUUUGUUUUGUUGGAGAGUGGUGCAUGCCGGCAAGAAUUUCCGGUCCGGCAAGCAAGAUGUUGGUCGUUAAUGAUGGGUUUACGGUUGGUCAGUCAAGUACCAUGAUGAAUAGUCAACUUCAUUCAAUGGACAUGGUAUCAAACACAUCAGAAAGUGAAAUGCCUCAAGAGUUUGGGACUGCAUCUGGUGAUAAUAAUAAUGAAGGCGAUUAUAUUGGUGAUGAUGAACAUGAAGAAGAAGAUGCCACUAAUAAUAAGAAGAAGAGAAAGCGAUAUCACCGACACACUCAGCGUCAGAUUCAGGAACUAGAAGCAUAUUUUAAGGAAUGUCCGCAUCCAGAUGACAAGCAAAGGAAGGAGCUAAGUCGUGAACUAGGACUGGAGCCUUUGCAAAUCAAAUUUUGGUUCCAAAAUAAGCGAACUCAGAUGAAGAAUCAACAUGAGAGGCAUGAGAACUCACAGCUUAGAGCAGAAAACGAGAAGCUUAGGGCUGAAAAUCUGCGGUUCAGAGAAGCAUUAGGCAAUGCCACGUGUCCUAAUUGUGGUGGCCAACCCCCUAUUGCUGAAAUGUCCUAUGAUGAACGUCAAUUAAGGCUGGAAAAUACUCGACUUAGAGAAGAGAUUGAACGCAUUUCAAGCAUAGCUGGAAAAUAUGCUGGAAGGCCUGCAGUUCCAAACCGCAAUGUAUUAAACUCUCUUCAUCCUCUUGAUCAUGGAGUGCUUCCUCCAUUUUCAACGCCACAAAGUGUCGAGGGAGAUGCAUAUAACAAUGGAGAUCAUGUUGAAGAUGUUAUAAUGAGUUCAAUAAUUGAACCAACUGAGGGUGAUAAACCAUUUAUCAUUGAACUUGCUGUAGUAGCCAUGGAGGAAUUUGUUCAAAUGGCUUUUAUGCAAGAACCACUUUGGUUCCCUAGUAUUGAAAAUGGAACAAAUUUGUUGAAUGAAGAAGAAUAUUUUAGGAUUUUUCAAAGAGGAAUUGGACCUAAGCCUGUUGGAUUUAAGACUGAGGCUACAAAGGAAAGUGCUGUUGUCAUUAUGAACCAUGUCAACCUUGUGGAGAUUCUCAUGGAUGUGAAUCACUGGUCCAGUCUGUUCUCUGGUAUUGUAUCGAGGGCUUCAACUAUUGAUGUACUUUCAACUGGAGUAGCAGGAAAUUACAAUGGAGCCGUGCAAGUGAUAUUGGCAGAAAUGCAAGUACCCUCUCCACAGGUUCCAACUAGAGAAUGUUACUUUGCAAGGUAUUGCAAACACAGAGUUGAUGGAACAUGGGCAAUUGUGGAUGUUUCAUUGGACCAUUUACGGGCCGGGUCAGCUGCUAAGUGCCGAAGAAGGCCCUCUGGAUGCCUUAUUCAAGAGAUGCCUAAUGGCUACUCUAAGGUGACAUGGGUUGAACAUGUAGAAGUUGAUGAUACAGAAGUGCACAAUAUUUACAAGCCACUAGUGAAUUCUGGCCUUGCAUUUGGUGCACAACGUUGGCUUGCUACUCUUGAUAGACAAUGUGAACGUCUUGCAAGUGCUAUGGCCACAAAUAUUCCAACCAAUGACCCUUCUAAUAUGGUGUUAGCAACUCCAGAAAGCAGAAGUAGUAUGUUGAAAUUAGCAGAGAGAAUGGUGAAUAGUUUUAGUUCUGGAGUGAGUUCCACAGCUGGUAGUCAAUGGAAAACCAUAUCAGAAGGAAUUGAAACUGAUGAAAAUGUUAGAGUUAUGACUAGGAAAAGUAUCAAUGAUCCUGGCAGACCACCUGGUAUUGUUCUAAGUGCCGCAACUUCAUUUUGGCUGCCAAUUUCUCCGAAAACAGUAUUCGAUUUCCUCCGCGAUGAAAACACACGAACUGAGUGGGACAUUCUCUCAAAUAUGGGUGUUGUUCAAGAAAUGGCUCAUAUUGCUAAUGGAAGAGAAACAGGCAAUUGUGUCUCUUUGUUGAGAGUAAAUAGUGAAAAUGCAAGCCAGAGCAACAUGUUAAUACUCCAAGAAAGUAGCACAGAUCCAACAGGCUCAUAUGUCAUCUAUGCACCUAUUGAUGUUGCAGCAAUGAACAUAAUUUUGAGUGGUGGUGAUCCAGAUUAUGUAGCCCUUUUGCCAUCUGGUUUUGCCAUACUCCCUGAUGGGCCUCCAACAGGCCCAUCAGCUAGAGCAACAAAUUAUAAUGGUUCUGGUGGAUCUUUACUAACUGUGGCAUUUCAGAUUUUAGUUGAUUCAGUUCCAACUGCUAAGCUUUCAGUGGGAUCAGUUGCUACUGUGAAUAAUCUGAUUACUUGCACUAUUGAGAGGAUUAAAAGAGCUCUCACACCAGAGGCAUCACCAGGUUCUUGAGCUGUAUGGAGAGGAUUAGCAAGGAAUAAGGGGAAGUCAAGAGCGCACCUUCAUCUUUUUACUACAUAGUUUAGUUUAGGUUAAUUAAGAGGUUCGUGAACUGACUUCCUGUGGCAAUAUUCCAAAUAGAAGAAAAUGUAGAGUACUAACAGGUUUCACCCUCUUUAUGUCUAGUGACUUUUAGUCGUCUUUGAACUUGAUAGCAUUUUGCAGACUCUUUUGUCUGCUUUUGCUUAAUUAUAUCAACAUAUAUCAAAAACUGUGGUUUCAUUUGCAUCA